UUGAGUCGCCUUACAGUCGGCCAGUUUGGCAUACGACAUUUUUACAUGUAUUAUUAUUACUUAAUUAUUUAUACGUAAGCAUUUUCUAAAAAAAAUAUUUUAGAAAAUUUCACUUCAUUAGGGAAACAACACAACGCAUACAAAGCAUCAGCUAGUAGGAUAAUAUAAUUAUUUUGAACCAAAAUUUUACGUAAUUUAAUCCAUUAUUCGAUUAAAUUGCAUACACGUUUAUUAUUCAUAUUAAUCGAUACAAUCGAUAUAUCCACACUCGGCAUAUUCUGUGUAAACACUAUCGAUUAAUUAAUAAAUCGAUCAUUAGAUAACAAUGUAAUGUUUGUGAUGAGCUGACUAACAUAACUUUUGCCAAUGUGACACUCUAUUUCCUAACUUCUAUUCCGACCUUCAUAAUAAUUCUUAAUAAUAUGUAUUCAAUGAUAAAUUCAAUGCCAUCUUUCGCCUUCAACUCGCACACGCCAAGGUAACAAACACAAAGGUUUAUAAUUUAAUAAAUUCUCGGAAUUUUAAAUCGAGACUUCAAAAAGUGCUAAUUGCUUAUUCGAAACUCUAUAAUGGUUAAAAGGACAAAUUGCGUAGGCCAUUAGUGCCAUAGAUUAUGUAUGACUACCAGAUACCUACCCUACAAAUCGGUUAAUCUUCAAAUACAUAUUGGAGAGAUAUGCCAAUAGCAAACGCGCCGGACCUUGGAGUAUUGUGAAAGGAAACACUGAUAGUACCAACUAGCUGUCAGUUGUUUCAAUGCACAGACGUACGAAUAACGUUUUACGUAUAUAUAUUAAACAGUUUACGUUUAUAAAAAUACGCGCGAGAAGUUUUCUUUUUUUAUGAAUUAAAAAGUGGUGAUUAUCUAUGACUCUUUUUUAUAAACAAUUAAAAUAGUGAAUUCAAGCGAUUGAGUCUAGCACACAUUAGCGCUUAAUAAAGAAAGAAAGACGUAACAAGUCCGUCUCCGUCCUACAAGCGACAAGAGAUACAUGCAAUAUACUCAAUCAAUUCGACCACCACAUGGUCCCCCCAAGAAAUCAUCGUGCUGAAUUCCAAGUGUAUUCAUCGCGAUGGGCUAACUGACCUGCCUUUUCAUUCUCACCUAUCAUCCCACAUUGAUGCCCCGUCAGUGUAUACCGUUAGCGCAGGCGGGGUUACCAUUCUAUUAUCAUCCCAUAAAAAAAGAUGAGGGGGACUGACAACACUGAUGAAUCAGACAAAAUAAGCACCUCCAUUUUAGCUUAUACCAAGCAAAUGCAAUUUAGGGCAGCAGUUUAUAUGUAUAUUCCAGAUAUAAACCAAAAUCAAUUGCAAAUGUUGGAAGAUAUGAAGUGAGCGCAUACAUAGCAGCGAAUGAUGUGGAAAUGGGUGGCGCUGGUGUCGCUAAUCGCGGCGAACUUUAUAGAGCAGCGGUCGCCGGUAGUGCGCACGCGCAGCGGGCUGGUCCGCGGCACGCUCAGCGACGACGGCGCGCUCCACCAGUACCUUGGCAUACCCUACGCCACCGUCGACCACACCAACCGGUUUCAGGCUCCACUGCCUCCACCGAAAUGGGAAGGGAUAUUCGAGGCGGCCGACAUAAACUCAUGGUGCCCACAAAAAGUCAUUGGAAGUGUCACUAUAGGCGACGCCGAUUGUUUGAGGCUGAAUGUAUUCACACCAGCUAACACCAAUCCCGACCAACUACUCCCUGUUAUGGCUUAUAUCCAUGGUGGAUGUUUCCUGCACGGAACAGGCUCUCCUUACCUUUACGGACCAGAUUUCUUAGUUAAACAAGACGUAGUGUAUGUAGGGAUCAGCUACAGACUUAGUGUUGAAGGCUUCCUAUGCCUUGGCAUUAAAGAAGCACCAGGCAACGCUGGACUAAAGGAUCAAGUAGCCGCUUUAAAAUGGAUACAAGAGAACAUAAAAUCGUUUGGAGGAGAUCCAAAUCAAGUGACUUUGUUCGGUGAAAGCGCAGGCGCAACUUCUGUUGCAUUUCUUCUUUUAUCACCAACUGCAAGAGGUCUUUUUCAUAAAGCUAUUUUGCAAAGUGGCUCACCUAUAGUACCGUGGGGGUUACAACAUGAUCCCAUAAAAACAGCCAGCACUCUAGUCAAAGAAUUCGGAUACGAUACCAAAGAUCCACACGAGAUAUAUAGUAUUUUGUCUAAUAAAACAGUUAGUGAACUGAUAAAUGCCAUAAAAUACUCCGAACAUAAGAACUUUAUAACUGCUGAGACGUUAUUUGUGCCAUGUGUAGAGAAAGAAAUCCCUGGUGUGGAACCGAUUAUAACAAAAUAUCCCAUGGAUAUAGUCAGUUCUGAUAAUUACACCAAGGUGCCUAUGAUUAUAGGUAUUAAUGAUAAUGAAGGCAUUUACUUUGUAUCUGCAGAUUACGGAAGACACGUGAAGAAAGUAGAUCCCACAAUAAUACAUCAGCCACUACAAUCAGACCUGGAAUUUCCAAAUGAGUUUGAGAAAAAUGAAACCACAAAUAAGAUUAUACGGCAUUAUUUUUCAUCUGAGAAAGAUGAUUAUGUAAUGAACAUGGUGGAUCUAUACUCUGAUGUGCACUUCAAGUUUCCUUCUGCUAUAUUCUCGCAGCAGAUAGAGAAGACGACUGAUCAACCUAUUUACUACUAUGUAUUUAAAUAUAGUGGCUAUAUAAAUAUGGCAAAAGUCAUCUCAAAUUACGCUGACAAACCUGGAGCGUCGCAUGCUGACGAAAUCUUCUAUCUAUUCAAACCACACUCCUUUCCUCUCCCCCAUAGAUAUUUGGAGAACGACAUGAUUAAACGUAUGGUGACCAUGUGGACCAACUUCGCCAAGUACAGCGACCCAACGCCGGAGCGAUCACCGCUGCUGCCAGUGCGGUGGACGCCCAGCCGGGGCUCCGACCCCACGGCGCUCAUCAUCGACACCCAGCUCAGCACCGGGCCCAUCUGGGACCACCGCUCACUCGCGCUCUGGAACGACACGUAUACUAAAUAUCGAAGGAAAAAUUAUGGUUUCAUGCACCCUAUCAACAAUAACGUAGACGUAAAGUAGAAGUAAAACAUUAUAGGUGUGGGUGUCGUCAUCGUAAUGUUCUCUGAGCCCUGUGAGUCCGUUCAUCUCUAAAUGAUGAUUUACUAACAUUUAUCAACUUAUUUAUUUGCAUAUUUAUAUAUUGGUUAUAAAUAAAACAUUUUAUGGUAUGGUGUUAGCUGUUAAUUAAGACAAAUGCAUUGCAGAUGUUAAUUCGAUUUUUUUAGUGAUUUAGAUUGACUAUUUAUUUAUUUAUAUAAUAACUGACAACAGAAACAAUAUUAAUAUGAUUCUUGUUUCUUCUAUUAAUUAUAAUAAUGCCAAAAUAAUGUCUACGUUAGAGUAUGGAUAAUUUGGAGAAGCUAAUAAAUUGUUUGCCUACUUAAAAAAAGUUUUAAAUUCAAAAAUGUUUAUGUUACCAAAAAUAUUUGUUUACAGGUGAUAGAAUUCUAGUCUUAAAUAAGUGAUAAUGUUAUUUAAUUGAUAGAUACAUGUAGUGAACAGGGGGUCUACCAUGAAAUGAAAUUCCGAAUUUUCGGGCUCAAUUUCGUGUUUUUGUUUGUACCUAAAUCGACCCAGUAAAUGGAGCUUAACAUUUCAUUUAUCAUAAAUCCUAUCCUAAUCCUAAGUCCAGAGGAACGAUGUAUUAUGUAAUUUUAACAUCAAAUAUCUAUUUCGUUCGUCCCCGAAAUUUCGGAAAAUAUUUCAUGGUAGGCCUUUAGUUUUAGUGUGUUAUCGAAAUAAGAGUACAUAUAUAUAUAUUCUAUUUAAUUUAACCUACCCUCCAAAAAUAAGCAUAAUAUUGUCUGGUAUACAAAUUGGGAAUCUGUUAUUAGCUAAUGUGUGGUGUAAAUAUAAUAUUUUAAAUUAUUCUAGAUAUAAGCUGUUGAUUCCAGAUGUAAUAUUAAAAUAAAAUAAUAAACUAAUAUAUAAAUGAAACAAAA